AUGAGUUCGGAUCUUUCUGUCAAAGAGAGAUUUAAAGCAGCUGUCAACAACUUAAAAAGUCUUCAAGAUCAGCAGAAUCUUCCCAAUGAAAAUAAUGCUAUCCUUGACGCUUUAAAUAAGCUCAAAGCUGAAUUCCUUCUAAUUAAACGGAUGGUGAACCAUCUAGAUUUAUUUGACAAAAGUGAGUCUUUUGAAGAAAUAAGCACUGCGUAUAUCCCGUACUUAGCUCUUGAAUACUUCAUAGCUUGUGUUGAAAUGGAGAUGAAUGGGCACUACUCGCCUUCGAACGGAAACGAUAAUCUUGGAAGACAAAAGAAACUUGAUCAUCUCUCACUGGCGAAAAAGGGUUACCAAAGUUACUUAGAAACGUUGGACUUUCAUGGUUCUAUUCUUUCGGAAGAUGAUAUUCCAGACUUUUGGGAUAAGUUCAAAAAAAACCACGAAUCAACGGCAAACCCACACGAGCAAAGACAAGCCAAAAUCAAGAGAUUCAGACGUAGGAAGCAAUUGGAAGCUCAGAUUGAAGUUCAGUCGGAGAAGCUUGAGGGCCUAGAUUUGGAAUCACAAUCCGAAGAAGACUUAAGAAUGCUCUACAAAACUGAACUUUGCCUCUUUGCCCUCCACUCUUCCGAGAAUUUGAUUCUGAUUCAACUUGAAAGUCUGCUUCUCGAAACGCAAUAUGAUGAGGGCUUGAAAACCCAUCACAAGUCAAACGCAAAAGUAAGCAAUUCCCGAGAUAUUCACUCUAGAGUAGAAGUGGUCCCAGGUAAGAAAAAGGCUAUAAGCGACAUAAUUGGUCCUAAAGGGAAGAUACUACAACCUUUUGUCAUUACGAAGAAUAAGGCAGAGUUGAGAAAAUCCGUGUUUGGAACUGGCCAGACAUUGCCUUCCAUGACAGUAGAUGAAUACCUUGACUAUGAGCUUCUGCAUGGAAAACUUCUUUCAGCUGACGACACAAGGAGGGCUGAACUGUCAUCCGAAAAUAGCGACGAUGAACUUGAAGCACGUGCCUGGGAUGACUGGAAGGACGACCAUCCCAAGGGCAGCGGCAAUAUGGGCAGUAAUAUUGGCUAA